AUGCCGACAACUUCAGCUCGGACACUGAUAAUGCCAGUAAUAGAAGAUGUGGUUUACUGGCUGCUUAGCAAAUCUUUGCCGCCUUAUGCCCCCCCAAGUGCCUCUCCUCAAGUCUACCAUACCAGCCACAUCCCGCCCUCCCCCGAACCUCUUGUUAGUGUGGCCAGUCUGAUCGUCCCUCCGCUCGAGGUUGGCCCAGUUCCCUUCCCUCUACACAUAAAGCUAUUAGCACAUCGCUUCAUACAAAUUUGCGCUGUGGCUUCUGAUAUGUUCAUCCCUGACAAUAUGGCAGCGAUUAGUGCGACUACCAACCGUUUAGUGAUGCCUACCAAACAAGCCACAAAUGCUCAAGUGUUGUUGGGAAAUUAUGCCUACGUACACCAAUUUGCAUCUGACGGAUCAAUUAUCAAACUAUUCAGCCAGGGGCUCAUAGUACCAAUGCUCAAGAAGAUGAUGUACAGUCAUCUAUUUCUUCUUGCCGCCAAAGUCAGCACUUGA